AUAUGGCUGUGGAUCUGGCUAUAGUAUGUCAGCAUCAAGCAAUAAGUUAUAUUAUUACCAUUGUUGGCAGUACUGAAACAAUGCAAGGUGUGGCAAGUUUACGAUAAAGAGAAUAUUUUUGAGAUUUAUAAAUAAACGAUUUGUGACGUCUAUAUACUGAUAACAUCAAACAAUCGGCAUGUCUGUUGAUAAACAAGAUUAUCAUCGUGCCUCAAACGCGGUGGUACUUGGUGGAGUAAUUACAUAUAUUGCAGGUUUAUUGUUGGUUAUGGCAUUUACUAGCCCCUAUUGGAUUGAAUCUUACCAAGAGACUUUCAGUAAUUUUAAACAUAUGGGACUAUGGGAAUAUUGUUUCGAACAGUUUAGAUAUCCAUAUUAUCAGUUUGACAAACAAUUUGAUGGAUGUCACCAUAUUUUCUCAGAAGAAUAUUAUGUGAUCAGAGAAUGGUUAUUGCCAGGGUGGUUAAUGGUUGUGCAGACAUUUGUUACUCUUUCUCUUUUACUCUCGUUCUUUGCGCAAGUUGUGAUUGCAUUGACCUUAGUCCGUUGGCCUUUAAAAUUUGUGUUGAAUUAUGAAUGGUUGCUUUCAGCUUUUGCUUUUGUGUGUUGUAUCACAGCAGGAACCCUAUUAUUUUUAGCAGUAUCAAUAUUUGGAGGGCAAUGUUGGCGCAGAGACUGGUUGAUGUACCCAAACUUUAACCAUUUAUCAUGGUCAUAUGGUUUGGCAGUUGUUUCGUUCAUGUUCCACUGGUUAGCUUCGAGUUUGUUGUAUCUAGAUGCGAAAGCCGGUUAUAGAUUGCGUAAGGAAUCUCGAAAUUUAGUAAUGCAAAUGCAGCCCAAUCUACAAAGUCAUCAAGGAUUAUCAAGGGGAGGAUAUAUAUAAUCGCUCGUUAUAUCGAUAGUAUCCAAACAAGAUUUAUUUACAGAAUAAGUUUCAAAAUAUUUUUGGUAAUGUUAAUUUUAAGCAAAUAUUUGUAGAUCUGUUUUCAAACUCUUCUGUUUUAUAUGACAUUGUUUUAUAAUUGAGUUUUCAGCGAUAGUAUUUAA